AUGGAUUUACUAGUCAAAGAUGUGAAAAAAGAAUCACCUUGGAGCAUGAUGUUUGCCGAUGAUGUUGAAAUCUGUGAACCCACCCAGGAGGCACUUCAAGACAAGCUUGAACAGUGGAGAAAAGCUCUAGAGGAAAGGGGAAUGAGAAUUAGCAGGGUGAAAACACAGUAUAUAUGUACAAAGGAUGCCAAGAACCUAUAUAUUAACCUGCAAGAAGAACAACUGACGCUGCUCAUGAAAUUUAAAUACCUAGGCUCUUACAUGCAAAGUGAUGGAGGACUGGAGGCCAAAAUACAGCACAGGAUAAAUAGUGGGUGGAUGAACUGGAGCACAGAAACUUGGCCAAUUACAAAAGCCCAAGAGGAAAAGAUGGAAGUGGCAGAAGUGAGAAUGUUAAGGUGGAUGAGUGGGGUGACACAAAAGUAUAGACUAAGGAAUGAGUACAUCAGGGGAACAGUGAAAGUGGGGCCCAUAGGGCAGAAGAUCCAAGAAAGUAGGCAACGAUGGUAUGUACAUGUGCAGAGAAGAGUGGAGUAUUACGUGAGGAGAAGAAUUGAAGACCCAGAAAUCGGAGGACCAAGGAGAAGAGGAAGACCGAAACUGAGAGACAAGGUAGCAGGGGACCUACGGGAGAAAGGAUGGCUCAGGGAAGAAGCACUGGAUAGAAAUUUAUGGACGAGAAGGAUCCAGCAAAGCAACACCGACCCCAAUUGA